GCUGGAUGGCGAGCCACCGAACGAAACCAACACGCAUCUUAUCCGUUCGGGCUGGGUGGCUGCCGCGUCGGCGUGCCCAGCUCGUGCGGGGUGGCUUACCUGGCGGUGUGCCCGGAGACCACGGCGGGAGGAGAUGCUCCAGGAGCACAAGCGGUCGUGCUCGGGGCGGCUCCAGCGAUGCACGGGGAGCUGCGCGAGUGCAGAGUGAAGGCGAUUGCCCGGGAGGCGCGGUGGUUGUUGCCGCCCGCCGGCAGCGGGCGCCGUAGCACCGGGCCGGGGCCGAGCGGCGUGGCCGUAGAACGCUGCUGGUGUCGGCGCCGUAGGAAGCGCAGCUGCGGGUCCCCGUUGUUUUGGCGCCAUGAGCCGCGGGGGGCACUGCCUCGCUUCUGGCCAGUGAAUCAGCUUGCGGCCAUUCAUGGUUCGAAGCGGCCUUCGUCGUCGAUGCACGCCCACGACAGUUGGCGCAGCAGCAGCAAGGGGCGACUAAGGGAUUACGCCAUGAGUAACUAUUUUCGAGCCAAUGGGAUAAGGAAAUUGUUGUUCCUGUGAUAAUGCCAUGACAAUUGGUUUGAGAAGACAGUGACACUUUUUAUGCUCGAUGGUUAGACAGUUUGCCUCCUAGCAAAUUCAGAUUAGGUGUGUAGAUGAUUUUUGCAGAAUCUGGACAUGGCAAAUCGACAAAUUGUAGACUUUGAUGGGGCCACCAGAUUAGUGUAUGUUUGGGCAUUUUUUCAGAACCAACCUUUUGAACUAGUGUUCAUUCAAAUUUUACUACCCAUGCCAAAUUCAGACA